GUGUCCUCACCCACCCCCUCGGAGGACAGAAGACAGGCCCUUAUAGCAGCCGCUUCUGCUGCUGAACGUCGAAUUCAGCAAGCUACCCCUGAUUCAGACGCAGCAUUCGGUGCAGAGCGAGAGAAACGUCAAGCGUUUAGAAGAUUGAUCGAUCCAGGCAUCAUGCGGCCCAACGGUCGCGAGCAGGCCGUCGACUCCUUGAAAGUGCUUAAGCGACCUACAUUGCUGCCUCCUAUUCUCUCUACGCUGGCUGAGAAUCUGUUGCGUGAACCUGAAAAUCCAAAGUUCCAACAGUUCAAACCAACCAACGACACAAUCAAGAAGAAGGUAGUGGAAAGACAAGGCGUCCUCGAGUAUGCCAUUGCACUUGGUUUCCGAGCCGAAGUCAAGAAUUUCCAGCCGUACUACGUCUUUAACCAGCGGCACAUGGAUGACCUGCGGAUAGGCGCGGCGAUGUUGAGGGAAGCACUAGAGUUACAGACCGGGAAGAUGACACGACAAGAACGGGCCAAGAAAGAAGAGAAAGCCGCCGCCGAUGCGGUGGCAAAGAACGUUCAUCUGGCAUUCAUUGAUGACCGUAAAGCUAAGUUACUGCGCGACGAGCGUGAGAAACAAUUGAGAGAGGCACGAGCAGCAGCCGCAGCUCGUGGAGUGACCGUUGCCAGGGCCGGUUCUGACGACGGCUCUGACGAACUGGACAUACCGGGGUCAACUCGUAGGAUGCCGGGAAGCGGGUAUCGCCUCACCGACUCGAGUCCAGCAGAAGCUGAUGAUGACCCACCGGCGUACGACGGCAAUGGGCCGCGUGUAUGA